AUGUCCGAGAACGAUAACUUGAAGCCGGCGUAUGAAGAUGAUCAACCUGGUGAAGACGCUUAUAAAAGAGGUAAUCAGUAUAAGUGGACUAAAGCACGUAAAGCCGAUUACGAAGGCUCCCAAACUGAUGCAGAAGUAUCAAACAAGAAAGCUAAAGUAGAAGUGAACUCACAGCAGGAUCCAGAAGCAUGUAACCCAGAAAAUAAAGAAAAGAGGCUUCCGAAACGGAAGGUGUCUGUCAUGAUUGGGUAUUGCGGGACCGGAUACCAUGGUAUGCAGUACAAUCCUCCAUCUCCAACUAUAGAGGCAGAACUCUUCAGAGCGUUUGUCGAGGCAGGUGCAAUUUCACAGGCCAACUCCACCGACCUGAAGAAAAGUGGGUUUAUGAGAGCUGCAAGAACCGAUAAAGGUGUUCAUGCUGGGGGAAAUGUGAUUUCUCUGAAACUUAUCAUCGAAGAUCCUGAUAUCAUUUCUAAGAUUAAUUCGAAAUUACCGGAGGGUAUUCGUAUUUGGGACAUCGAGCGUGUCAAUAAGGCAUUUGAUUGUAGAAAAAUGUGCAGCUCACGCUGGUACGAGUACUUACUUCCUACGUACUCCUUGAUUGGUCCUAAACCGGGCAGCGCUCUUUUCGCCGAUAUAGAAGAGAGCAAGAAGGAGUUUCCCGGUGUCUUAGCUGAAGAUCAGGAAAGUGCACAAUUAUGGGCUAAUUUUUUCAAAGAAGCAGAAGAAGCUUUCACAACUGAGGAGUUGGAAUCCAUCAAAAACUAUGUGCCUCCGCCAAGAAACGAGUUUGACGACUCUGACUCAACUUACCAAUUGGUGAAAAUUUACAAACAACUUGAGAAUAAACAUCGCAGAGCGUACCGCAUUUCUACCGCAAAACUCGAUGCGUUCCGUGCUUCCAUGAAACAGUAUCUCGGCCCUCACAAUUUUUUCAAUUUCACACUAGGCAAGGAGUUUAAAGACCCCAGUGCCGUAAGAUUUAUGAAGGAAAUCAAGGUCUCUGAGCCAUUUGUGAUUGGCGAAAAAGACACCGAAUGGGUAUCCAUCAAGAUUCACGGACAAUCAUUUAUGCUACACCAAAUUCGUAAAAUGAUUUCUAUGGCCACACUGGUGACCAGGUGCGCCUGCCCGACUGACCGCAUUCUGGAUGCGUACAAACCGCAGCGCAUCAACAUUCCGAAGGCUCCUGCUUUGGGGCUGCUGUUGGAAUGCCCUGUUUACGAGGGUUACAACAAGCGUUUACAAGAGUUUGGCUACAAUCCUAUUGAUUUCAGUAAAUACCAAAGCAAAAUGGAUGCGUUCAAGAUGAAGCACAUCUACGACAAGAUUUACCAAGAGGAAGUGAGCGAAAACGUAUUCAACGCUUUUUUCAGCUACAUUGACAAUUUCAGCCAGGUUACAGGUGCCCAACCGGUAAACGAAGACGCCAGUGAGCAAGCACCUGCUAAUGCUACUAAACCCGCGAACCUCGUUCAAAAAAGCGUAUUCGAUUUCCUCACCGCUAGAGGUAUUAUCGACAAAACCGACGGGAACCAAGCCAAAAAUGAUGAAGUAAUUAGCGAGAAGACGCCAGAUGAAUCUUCUCAGCUUACUGAAAACUAA